UGGCAGCAGUCAAUCACAACUCACAAGACAACGUUCACGAGUGCCAAGCCCAGGAAAGCUAAUGGCUCCCGCUGCUGAUUACUGCCACGACUUCCAUGGCAGCGAGGUGCCCCACGUCGCCAUCUUCCCGCUCAUGGCCAAAGGCCACACCGUCCCGCUCCUGGACCUCGCCUGCCUCCUCCGUCGCAGGGGGCUCGCCGCCGUCACGUUCCUCACCACCCCGGGCAACGCGUCGUUCGUCCGAGCCGCGCUGGCCGGGGACGACGCGGCCUCCAUCGUCGAGCUCCCGUUCCCGGCCGGCCACGCGCCCGCGGGCGGCGAGAGCGCCGAGGGCGUCGCGUCGAUGUCCUCCUUCGCCGCGUUCGCGGAGGCCACGUCGCCGCUUCGCCCGCGGCUCGAGCAGGUGCUGGCGGCCAUGCGCCCUCCCGUGGACCUCCUCGUCGCGGACGGGUUCCUGUACUGGGCGCAGGUGCUGGCGGCCAUGCGCCCUCCCGUGGACCUCCUCGUCGCGGACGGGUUCCUGUACUGGGCGCACGCGUCGGCCGCCGCGCUCGGCGUCCCGAGCGUGUCGUUCCUGGGCACGUCCGCGUUCGCGCACGCCGUCCGGGAGGCGUGCGUGCGCAACAAGCCGGGGGCCUCGGCGCAGCGUGACGACGACGCCGACGCGUCCACCGGUACGAUGUGGGCAUUGUGGAAGACAAGGAAUGACGCCAUGUUCAACAAGAAGAUCGCGGCAACGCCAAUGGUGGUGGUGCACAGGAUGAUGUCCCUGCUACACAAUGGAAGCCGCUACUGAAGCAGAAGAACUGGAGGAGGUGGAACGUUUGCUUGGAGAGUUCUCACAAGCAUGUCGGCAACUAGCUUAGUAAUGGCUGCAGGAGUGGACCUGUUUUUCUUUUGCCUGUGGGUUUGGGCUACUCUUGUCUUUUGUAUUACUGUCAAUCGGUUAGAACUGUGGUGGUCUAGCUAGGUUCAGAUAUGAAAGUCUAGUAGAGUUAGAGACAAGAGAUGGUUAUGCUUAGAUCGUCUAAAGAGUAGAAGCUGAAGCUGGGGCAGAUCCCCCUGUAAUUGAAAACUGAUAAUCCUAGUAAUAGUUGGCUGAAGUUUUUCGCCCUCUAAGCUUUCGAUAAAGUUGGGCGUAAUGCCUUUGAUCUAAAAAAAGAGUCACGAGAUCACAAGGGUGGUAAGAGAGCUGAUGUUUGGGAAGGAUGGAGUAUUGAUGGCAUCGAACGUGGCAAAGUUAGCAGCACAUGCUCAAGCAGUGGUAUCUAAAGGCGGGUCAUCGUGGAAAGCAGUCGAGGAGAUGAUCAGGGAGCAUAGCAAGAAAAUCAAUGAACAGGUAAGUUGUAUGUAUCAUGGUGGAAAGGACUGCAUUCUGCCACCGAAAACCAUUGAGAGAUAAAAGAGAAGAAAAUUUUGGCGAGCUGAAUCUUGGAUGACCUGUUAGGUCCUGUUUGGCAUAGCUCCAACUCUGGAUGGAGCUACUCCACUCCAGAACUUCAAGUGGAGCCAACUCCACUCCAGAACUGCAGAACUAAAAUGGGUGUUUGGCUAGAUGGGUACCUCCAGCUCCAAAAGGAGGAUCUUUCUAGAUGGAUUGUCACUUUUACCCCAACCCAUGACCCCACUUGUCAUUCAGUCAUACAUUAUCUUCUUCUU